AUGGCUCGUGGCGUUGGCCGGACUGGCCCUCCGCGAUACGUACAGAAUGAUUUUGAAAAUCGAGUCAAUGGGGAAGCUCCCGCAUCAACUUUAGCUGCUCAGCUCGUGAAUCAGAUCACGGAUGGCGCUGCACGAGGAGGGAGUCAGCGCGAAGACACGUUUAGGCUGCUACUGCAAGAAGUCCUGCAAAGCGAAUAUGAGCCUCCGAACACCGGUGGCUCAAAUGAAGCAAAUUUGUCCGUGAACUUCAAACUUAUAUACGUCAUUGUCAAGGCCGGCUUAGACAACCAUCAACGGCGGAAUCCCUUUGUGGCUCAUAACAAUCAAGUAAAGCAAUCCAUCGACAGCCUCAAGGCUAUCGAAAUUGCUCUUUGUCGUACACCAAAUGUUUUAUUUUCUGUCAGCUCACAUGAUGAAGACGAGUCCCUGCAGAAUGUUCCUUUACUGUUGUGGCUCGUCCCAAAAAUUCUAUCUCUCCUCAAAUUAAGAAUUCACGAGGAUCUCAAGGCAAGUUGUGACCAAUGUCUUGAGAUUAUCCUGUCCCUUGAGGAGAAGAUACGUUCCCCAGGUCUCAGACUUGAUCCCAUUUUUAGAUAUGUCCGCGGUUGCAAUGAGGGUCUGUUGGAAUGGCCAGAUCUUGUCAUCCAUAUUUUAUCUUCCUUGGAGAGCUUCGAUAAACACAACAAUAAGGAAGUUUUAUCUACCGUGAACAUUCCUUCCGAGGCAACGUUAUCUUCUGUCUUGUCAUUCCAUGAUGCACAAGGGGUUUCGCCAAAACUGGUGUGCACUACAAUUUCGUCUCGUCUUGAAGCUUCUAGGGUAUGUGUGCAUCUACUGAGACUUCUUGUGCACUCGGAUGAGAAGAAUCGAAAAUCCCAACUUGGUACAGCGGGAAGGCCAUCUCUUGAGACGGCUGCUCAAUCAUUACCUCGAAUCUGGAAUACACUAUUCCACGAAACUAGCUCACAUGACGAGAAUGUGUUGCCUUCUAACGCCCUCUGUUCGCUACUAGAUACAACGCACUAUCUCCUCAAGAACCUGGUCCGCGAUGGGAAUUCUAAGCCUCAGCUCGACACGCUUAUAUCAGCUCUAGAAAUUAUCUCCGUCACCCUCACGUCUGCAGUACUACCUCUUCCGGCUGCUGUCGAGAAGGGAAUAUCGAUCAACAUAUUUCACGUUGCAUACAUUAUUCUUAGUGCAAAUCGUGGCAUGCUUCCGGAUCUUUUGGAGCACAGCUUUCGGCUCAUGGGUAAUGUUGUUCGAAAUGAAGAUCGAUAUCCUACUUUUGGACAAGAUUUGCAGCAAGCCUUGAACUUUGUGACCUACUGGCACUGUAAUACAACUCUAAGCGUGAAGGAAGCUGUCCUGAACACUAAGCUGACCCUCGAGGACUGUACCCUACGCGGAACAUGUGAAGGCCUGUUCGACUUUCGGCUCUCAAGCCCCUCAAUGAAAUAUAGCACUCAUCCUCCCAAGCGAGCCCGAACGUCAGCAGCCAGCAGUGUGGUCAAGCUGCAGAGUUCUGAUUCCCCUCUCCUCAUCAUUCAAUCUGUUUUAGACGUGGAAACGCAACCUGAUUUAGGUGUUUUAUACGCACUUGCAAACGAACGCUAUGCGAAAUUAAGUGAGACUGAGCAAUGUCAAAUCUUUCAGCAGAUUGGUCGGCUAGCUUGUGCUUCUGCCGAAGAAUUCGAUAGUACUCGGGCAGAGAACCCUUUUUGUUCGCAUACACUGUCCGUCUUCCUGCGGCAAAAUGCUGGGCCUGAGAUGGCCACUAGGAAUAGACUCGUCACCCUGGACUAUUUGCGGAACCUGUCGGAGCGUGGAGACCUCAGCCUGCAAGAAACUUGCAUUUUGGCAUUAGGUCAAAUGAUAAGAAAUGUUGAAGACUGCGAUGAACUCAAUCUUGCACUACUGAAAUUAGUAGAAUAUCUUGGGCAUCCCAAUGCUCUUCUGAGCAGUCUUUCAUAUGACGAGCUUCAACUGGUGUCCAACCACUCGCCUUUCACCGCUUUGAAGCUUUUCGCCCCCUAUUGGCGAACGAUUGCGGUGGCCGUUGUUCAAAAUCUCCUUCGACGGCCACAACUUGUACAACAGAUUGCGGAUUUGCUGGCCAUGAGCGUGCCUAAGUUCCUUGCUUCAACCCAGAUGCAUACCGUCCCAUACUUUGUACUGCGAAAGCAGCGGGAGCUUCUUCAGCGUAUCGCCGAAGCAAGCAAUCUGACAGUCAUGGCUCUCUGUAGAGAGCACAACAACAUGGCCGCAAUACUGGCAAAUAUUCUUCUUCAAGCGUCUUCAGACGUCGAGGACCUUGUAAUCAACUUACUACAUUCCGUCAGUCCCGAAUUCGACAAUGUAGAUUGUGCGGAGUUGUUAAGAUCAGAACCGCAAGCCACGGCUACAGAGCUCCUGAAGUUCGCUGGUGAGGUGGAUGAGACUAGACGAAUUCAAGCAAGUGGUCCAGCGAUAAGACUCGAAAUUUGCCUGCUAAUUGAUUAUCAGGCUCAACGAGCCCUCCAGUUCCUGGCCGGCGUAAUCAGUGGUAGAACAUCCUCCAACCGUGGGAAUAGCAAAGCCGAUACAAUUGAAUCGUUUUUUGAAACACAUAUUCUCGGCAUCAUGGCACUCCUAGCCGAUACUAUCAAUGACGGCAAGGGUCCGCAGCCAAUUCUGGAAAAGAGGCGAUGCUUGAAAGCCAUCCGAGAGAUGGUGAAAAUAGCCCAAGGCCAUAUAAGCAAUGGUAUCCCCCAGGUUAGCUCUUGCUUGCGAUCAGCCAUUGGACAAGCGGACCUCAUCAACGACGCAUUUGAGGCUUGGAUCGUCAUGAUCAAUCUUCUUCCUGAAGACGACCUUUCUGCACUUGUUGAGCCAACUUUGGCUCUUAUCGUUCAGCAUUGGGAGUCUAUAGAUUCCACACUACAAAUGCAUGUUUACGAUAUGGUCGCUUGCCUUUUCAAAUCCAAAGAGAUAUUGAUCCGCGACAUUGCGGCUACUCUACCUUCCCUUGCUCAGGUACCACUCUUGUCUAAAUACGAGCAAGAUCUAGCAAAGCUUAAGGCACAAAACGGGGUCAAACACCAUUUUCAGACUUUCAGUCAACGUUGUCAAAGCGAAAAUCCGACUGUUGUAGAUAAAGCUUUAAAAGAACUGGCGCUUUAUCUAGAGAGGGAGCAAUCUUUUCUCCACACCCACGCCAACAGCGAACAGCCAGAUGCGUUGAUCGGCAAUCUGCUUCGGUCUUUGCUGGACACAGCCGUCCUUUUCAGCAACUCCGAUGCCAACAUUGCUGCACUUUGCGCACAAUGUCUUGGAAUGGUAGGAUGCCUCGAUCCGACGCGGGUAGAAGCAGCCCGAGAAAAAAAGGAGAUACUAGUGCUCUCAAAUUUUACACAAGAAGACGAGAUUCGAGACUUCAUCAUCACGUUCCUGGGAGAGGUUCUGAGUAAAGCAUUCUUAUCCGCCACGAAUUCAAGAAGCCAAGGUUUCCUUGCAUACGCCAUGCAAGAGCUUUUGGCUAUAGGAGACUUUCAGGAAUCUGCCAGACCAAGACCCCACGAAGGACAUUACGAUUCGAAUUAUCAACGAUGGGCUGAUCUUCCUGAAUCCACAAGAACACUCCUAACGCCCUUUCUAGACUCCAAAUAUUUCGUCACCGCAGGUACAACCCAAACGUCUUGCGUAUACCCUAUUUUCAAGAAGGAUGUAUCACAUGCCCAAUGGCUUCGUCUUUUCACUUUCGAUCUUCUCAAGAAAGAGACUGGCAAGGACAUGGUAGGACGUCUAUUUGCGGUCCUUAGUCGAAUCAUACGUCUUCAAGACAUAGCCAUCGCCACAUUCCUUUUACCAUUCACAGCCUUGAAUACUAUACUUAACGGUGAUGCAGUGGACAAGAAGAAUACUGCUGCAGAAUUACUCAAUGUGUUGGAUCAUCCUCUGCCAGAAGGCGCUGUUGAGAGGGAGGCUCUUAAAUUAUGCAGCCAAACAGUCUUCCAGGUUCUUGACUAUUUGUCACGGUGGAUGCAAAAGAAGAAGAUGGAGAUUGCAAAUCUUCGCACACCAGGAACGCGUGCCAGUCGCACGCCCUACGAAUCGGACCUAGAAAAAGACGCCUUGCAUAUCUCGAGCGUUGAAGCUGUUCUUGGCAUGAUACCGGCUGAUACGAUCUCACGACGUGCGGUCGAAUGCGAGUCAUUCGCGCGUGCACUGUUUCACUGGGAACAAUACAUACGACAACGACGGCAGACGAGUAUCGACCUUGGGAAGGCUCUUGACCUCGAGCCAUAUUAUGCCAGGCUGCAAGAUAUCUACACGCAGAUCGAUGAGCCGGACGGAAUUGAAGGCAUAUCAUCCCACCUGCAAGUCCUCGAUGUCGAUCAGCAGGUACUUGAGCAUCGUAAAGCUGGGAGAUGGACAGCCGUGCAGAGUUGGUAUGAGUUACUUCUCACCAAACAGCCUGACAAUCUCGAUUUCCAAUACAAUCUUUUAACAAGUUUGAAGGAGUCUGGGCAACAUGAUGUUCUUCUGAAUCAGGUCGAUAGCUUUCCUCAAACACAAGCAAUGCAAGCCAUUUGUAUGCCUUUUGCCGCCGAAUCGUCUUGGGCCACUGGCAAGCUUGACAAAUUGAGGCGGUAUAUUGAUCAAUCUUCAACGAUACCAACAUCUUUCAAUAUUGGAGUUGGCAGAGCACUGCUUGCAUUAAAUGAAGCGGCGCCACGAGAUUUCUUUGGCGAAAUCAAGGAAAUCCGUAUCUCAAUUGCUCAGAAUCUCUCACCCACCAAUACGCUUGCAUUGCAGGACUGCCAUGACGCUAUGUUGAAGCUUCAUGUACUGGCUGAAAUGGAGGCUGUUGGUAGCGCAGACAGCUCAGCAGACUUCGACAGGUCCAGCUUUAUGUCUUCCUUGAACCAGCGGCUAGACGUAUUAGGCCCUUUCCUUUCUAAUAAACAAUACAUCUUGGGCCUGAGACGUGCGACGAUGCAAGCUUCCAAACUCAAAUUCUCACACCUUGAUAUCGCCUCCUCAUGGUUGACUAGCGCCAAAUUAGCCAGAAAGGCCAACUUCAGCCAUCAGGCGUUCAACUCGGUCUUACAUGCGUCACAAUUAGGUGAUGCUUCAGCGACUAUUGAGCACGCACGCCUUUUGUGGAAAGAAGGCAACCACCGGAAGGCGAUACAAAGUCUCGAAGGUGCUAUCGCCGCCAAUGCUUUCAGGUCAUAUGAUUACAUAGAAGCAAAUGACCCAGCAGUAACCAAUGCUGUGGCAAAACAGCAGCAGCAGAAUUUGCCGAAAGCAAAGGCUCAUUUAUUGCUUGCCAAAUGGAUUGACAGAGCCGGUCAAACCCAAUCUGACGUAAUUAUUCAACAGUAUAAGAAAGCUGUCGAGUUCCACAGUAGGUGGGAAAGAGGCCACUACCAUCUCGGAAAACAUUACAACAAACUAUUGGAGUCCGAGAAGGCAAAACCCCCAGCAAAGCAAGCUCAGACCUUUAUUACUGGCGAAACGGCUAAAUUGGUCGUCGAGAACUACCUUAGAUCUCUCGCCUUCGGUGCAAAGUAUUUAUUUCAGACGCUACCGCGUAUAUUGACCUUAUGGCUAGACCUGGGUGUCGACUCCGAGUCGUCUUUGGAUCCUAAAUACGGGAACGAUGAGGCAUUUCGCUCACACAUAACUACUCAACGCCGAAAACUCUUGAGCGCGUGUAAUUCUCAAAUCAGGAAGUACAUUGAUCGACUUCCAGCAUGGGUAUUCUAUACAGCCUUGUCGCAAUUGGUGGCUCGGAUAUGCCAUCCUAGUCAGGCCAUUUCAGGUCUCCUCAUUGACCUUAUCGCGAAGGUAGUGAUGCAGCAUACCGCACAAGCUCUGUGGACUUUAUUGGCCAUGGCUAAGUCAUCUUCAAAAGAUAGAGCUAAUCGAGGUGUAGCCUGCAUGACCAAAACUCUAGAGAAUGCUCGAAAAAGCAAAAGUGAUAUUGUCGCUGCAGACCUGAAGGCUUUUAUAGCACAAGGACAGAAGCUGUCAGAUCAAUUACUUCGUGUGUGCGAAACCGAAAUCAAGAGCAAGGCACCCAAUGUUCACCUCAGUAACGAUCUGGGGUUCAAACAUUCAUUCGCCACUUCAAAGCUCGCAAUGCCCACUGAAACUUGUCUGACAGCGAGUCUUCCGACAAGUGAAAAUGUAGAUAUGCGCAAGCAUAGGGCAUUCAACAGCAAUGACUAUGUUCAUAUAUCUGCAUUCAUGAACGAAGUACUUGUACUAAACUCACUUCAGAGGCCCCGAAAAAUAAGUAUCAGAGGGUCUGACGGGCAUUUAUAUUCAAUGCUGUGCAAGCCAAAGGACGACCUUCGAAAAGACCAAAGGCUCAUGGAAUUUAACGCCAUGAUCAAUCGUUCGCUCAAAAAAGAUGCGGACUCUUCCAAAAGACGUUUGUAUGUCAAAACAUACGCAGUUACCCCUCUCAAUGAGGAAUGCGGUCUCAUCGAAUGGGUUGAUGGUCUCAGAACCUUACGUGAUAUCCUCCUGAAUAUCUACAAACAGAAGAAUGUUCACAUUAAUUACGGUGAAAUUCGCAAUCUCCUCAACGAGUCCAUUUCCGCCCCCAACAAACUUCCGAUCUUCACGAAAAAAGUCAUUUCACAUUUUCCGCCUGUCUUCCACGAAUGGUUUGUUGAGAUGUUUCCCGAGCCCGGCUCCUGGUUUGCAGCCCGUCUUCGGUACACACGAUCUUGCGCUGUCAUGUCCAUCGUUGGGCAUGUCCUCGGUCUAGGCGACCGACAUGGUGAGAACAUCCUCUUUGAGGAAGGUAAUGGAGGCACGUUCCACGUCGACUUCAACUGCCUGUUCGACAAAGGCCUAACCUUCGAAAAACCUGAACUAGUCCCUUUCAGAUUGACGCACAACAUCGUGGACGCAUUUGGGGCCUAUGGGCAUGAAGGACCUUUUAGAAAGACUUGCGAGUUGACAAAUCGUAUCUGCAGGCAGAAUGAGGACACGCUGAUGACGAUUCUCGAGACGUUCUUGUACGAUCCGACCACUGAUUUCAUAGGGAAAAAGAAGAAAAGAGAUCCCAUUGUACCUGAGACUCCGGAGGGAGUGCUAGAAAGCAUUAGAAACAAAGUAAGAGGACUUUUGCCGGGCGAAAGUGUCCCAUUGAGUGUGGAAGGUUAUGUCGAUGAAUUAAUAACACAGGCCACGAAUCCAUACAAAUUGGCGAGCAUGUAUAUUGGGUGGUGUGCAUUCUUCUGA